GAUAAGGUUUGCACAGCGUUUAUGUUAUUCAUUGGUUUCAUACACCUUAGGAAAGAUGUUUCGCUGGAUAAUCAAAAGAGUUACAACAAAACGUAUUUUGAGUUUAGCUGUUGUCAUAUUGUUGGCUGCUGUCAUCUUCCUCAGGAAUAACAUCAAAACUUAUGCAGGCGCAUAUGUAUGGACAUGCGAAAAAAGACAUGUCAAUGAUUGUACACAUCUGGCAGAUCUACCAGGGGAAAGGGAAUCAGUUCCCCUUGGGAAUGUCAGCUUCUCUGUGUUGCUGAGAGGUGUUUCCAGUAUUAUAAAAGUUCCAUUAAAGAAUGUCAGCUUUGAUGUCAUGUUGAGAAACUACGAAAAGAAAUUAAACGAUUUACAAACCGCAGGACUAUGGAAGGUGAAUGAUGUUAAACCGUGUGAAAAGGAAAACCAAGCAGGUAGAGCUUGUAUGGAAUCCAUUUGCCGCGAACCCAAGCCUGCAACACCCGAAGAAAGCCUGAAAAAUGUCUUGUCCACAAUGUCAGGACUGAACCCCGAGGAUCUCGGACUCUUAAUGGGGCUGUUCCCAGAGCCCCCUACCGACAGGAGAGCAAUGUUCGUCACUGCCGCUUCCAGCAACCACUACAAUGAAUCUCAGGGUCUGAUCAGGAACCUCCAUCAGAAUGUCUUCCCACUGAUUAAUAACUACACAUUUGUAUAUUAUGAUCUCGGAUUGUUGCCAUGGCAACGACAACAGCUCAAGAAACAUUGUCGUUGUGAAGUGAGAAGCUUUCCGUUGAAGUUUAUGCCAUCCAGAUUGCAGAAUCUCAAGUGCUACACGUGGAAGCCAAUGAUUGUGCAAGCUAACCUACCUAAAGCAGACAUAUUGGUAUGGAUGGACGCCUCUGUUAGAUUUUCAAACAAUGUCAUCAAACCCCUGCUGGAUGACGUAGAAAGACGUGGCAUGGUCAUAUACCCAGGUGUGAACUCGGUGGCACAACAUACUCUACAGGUUGCAAUGAAGUACAUGAAAGAGGACAUCUGCAGCCUCGCUCCAGUCCUUGAACACCAAGCAACAUUCAUGGUGUUUCGGAACGAACUGUUGAUAAGAGAGGCUGUUGUCAAACCCUGGGUGGCCUGUGCCAUGAGUCCAAAGUGUAUGUGUCCCCGAGACCCACAUCUUGACUUGCACUGUAAUAUUUACAUCCACAAUUACAAUAAGUGUCAUCGAUUUGAUCAGUCAGCUAUCAAUAUCAUACUUACCAAACUAUUUCGCGGUCGCACAUCUACAUUUUAUUCGACAUACGGCAUGCACCCAAAAGUAAUGUUAAUGCGUGAUCAACGUGAUAAUUACUUUCAUGAACUAGAGCGAAAAAGCAGUUCAGGAAAAAUAUGAUAAUUCAUUGACAAGUGGCCAUCUCGUCUCGUUGGACCGUGUUAUGUAGGAGCAGUUGCCAUAGGAGCGUUGGUCCAUUCUGACAUGUUGGAUGUUUUUAAUGUAUAUUUAUCAGUAAAUUAAAUGUGUUUAUGAUGGUA